AGUCUGCAACUAUGGUGCUUGUAAAAUAAAACCAGGAGCGGUAAAUAAAAAAUAUUUCUUGAUAAACUUUAAUAUACGAAGAGUAUACAGAAUGGAAGUCAGAAAAGGAACGGCUCAAACCCUUGAUGGUUCUAGUGACAACUUUGAAAGUAUCAAAGAUGAAAGUAACUCGAACAAAGAAAUUUAUUAUGACGAGCUACUUUCGGCCGCUGGUGAAUUUGGACUUUAUCAAGUAUUUUUGUUUUGUUUAACAUUUCCAUUUUACAUUUUUGGUGUUUUUGCGUAUUUUUCUCAAUUAUUUAUGACUGAAAUUUCACCGAAUCAUUGGUGCUGGAUUCCGGAAUUAGAAAAUUUAACACAAAUUGAAAGAAGAAGUCUAGCGAUACCUCAAGAUUCUUAUUCACAAUUUGGAUAUUCCCACUGUGAAGCAUUUGCCGCUAAUUGGAGUGAAGUUUUAUUAGCAGAUCAAAAACCUAACGAGACAUGGAAAACAGAAUCCUGUCAAUAUGGAUGGGAAUUCAAUAAAUCAGAGAUACCAUAUCCAACGAUUUCGAGCGAAUUAGGUUGGGUUUGUGAUAAAAAUAGCUAUCAAGCAACAUCACAAGCUAUGUUUUUUAUUGGAUCUAUGAUAGGAGGACUUGUUGUUGGCUGGGUUGCUGACAAAUUUGGUAGAUUACCAGCUGCCACUUUAAGUAACUUGAUUGGAUGUGUGGCAGGUAUUGCUAGCAUUUAUGCAAAUAAUUUUAUCCAGUUUAUUAUUUGUCGAUUCUUUUUUGGUAUGUCUUAUGAUAAUUGUAUGAUGAUGACAUACCUUCUUGUGUUAGAAUAUGUUGCACCGAAAUAUAGAACCCUUAUUGCGAAUUUGCCUUUUGCUAUAUUUUAUACAAUAGGUGCUACAUCAUUGCCUUGGAUUGCUCUCGCUUGUGGACAUUGGAAAACGAUUAGCUUAGCUACGAGCAUUCCAAUGGCUCUAGCUAUUUUAGCUCCAUUUAUCAUACCAGAGAGUCCAAGAUGGCUCCUUUCUAAAGGGCGUAUCGACGAGGCUGUUAGUAAGGUAGUCACUAUCGGUCAUGUGAACAAAAAAGAAGUCUCUUUAAAAUUGAUUGAACAAUUUAAAGCGUCAAAUUAUAAUAAAAAAGAAGAAAAUAUUAGUAUCAUAAAUAUGCUAAAAAUAUCAAAGCUAAGAAAAAAAUUUAUAAGCAUGUGUUUGGUGUAUAUGUGUUGUAUGUCUGUGUUUGAUGCUUUAGUAAGAAGUAUCGGUGGUUUAGGUUUUGAUUUUUUUUUAUCGUUUACACUUGUGUCUUUCACUGAAUUUCCUUCCUUAGUGCUGGUUUCAUUUAUUUUAGACAUAACUGGUAGAAAAUGGACGUGUAUAGGAGCACUAUUAGUUGGUUCUAUGUUUAGUGUAUUAACUGCUUUUAUUGGAAGCGGCUUACCAUCUGUAUUGUGUGCAAUUGUAUCAAGGUUUGCAGUUAAUAUGGCUUGUAACAUUACAACACAAUGGGCUGCAGAAAUAUUACCGACCAAUGUAAGAGGCUCCGGUGCAUCAAUAGUCCAUAUUUGUAGUUAUGUUGGUAUUUUUAUAUCACCGUAUAUUGUGUACCUAAAGAACUUUGUAACAUGGCUCCCCUUAGUUGUAGUCGGAUUUAUUGCCUUACUAGGAGCAUUAGUCGCACUAACUUUACCUGAAACAGCAGGAAUAGAUAUGCCCCAAACAUUUGAUGAUACGAUUAAUAUGAUUGAUGGCCAAACAUUUUUUGAUAUACCUUGUUUAAGAAAGAAUAAAAAAAAAACUAUUGGAAAUGUAAAUUUGUCUUUCGAAAUGAAUUGAUCAUAAAGAAAGAAACAAAAAAUUAUGUACUUACUUUUC